GCCGGCUGCUGGUAGCUCGGCCUGCGCCGCUGCUGAGGGUCCAGCCCGCCGAGCCCACGCGGGCCGGGGCCGGCCGGCCGCGCGCUCAGGGCUCCUCUCGGCACUCGCUCACGGUCUUUGUGUCUUCUCUCUCGCCCUCUCCCCGCCCGCCGCAAUGCCUCUGCGCCCCGUGGCCGCUGCCGCCGCCGCCUCGCUCCGCCCGCGGCGCGCCGCUCGCUACGGCGGUGGCGGCCGCCUGUCUCCUGCGCUUGCCUGAAGGAGGAAGAAGCGGAAGCGAGGCGCGCCCGCGAGACCUGCAUGGACGGGCAUGGGCUUGAGAGCAGCACCUUCCUGCGCCGCCGCCGCCGCCGCCUCUGGGGCUGAGCCUCGCCGCCGCCCCCGUCUAAGAACUGCACAGGGCCUGCAGCGGAAGGGAAGACUGCAGGAAAGUCACUGUGUCCUGGGUGACUGCCAACAGCCUGCCCAGUGUCGAAUCCAGAAAUGCACCACAGACUUCGUGGCCCUGACUUCACACCUGAACUCUGCCAUUGACGGCUUUGACUCUGAGUUCUGCAAGGCUCUGCGGGCCUAUGCUGGCUGCACCCAGCGAACCUCGAAGGCCUGCCGUGGCAACCUGGUGUACCAUUCUGCUGUUUUGGGGAUCAGUGACCUCAUGAGCCAGAGGAACUGCUCCAAAGAUGGACCCACAUCCUCUACCAACCCUGAAGUGACUCAUGACCCUUGUAGCUAUCACAGCCCUGCCGGAGCCAGAGAACACAGGGGCGGGGCAAACACCCCUCCAAGUUACCUUUUCUGUGGCUUGUUUGGAGACCCUCACCUGAGGACUUUCAAGGAUCACUUUCAAACAUGCAAAGUGGAAGGGGCCUGGCCACUGCUAGAUAAUAAUUAUCUUUCAGUUCAGGUGACAAAUGUGCCUGUGGUCCCUGGAUCCAGUGCUACUGCUACGAAUAAGAUCACGAUCAUCUUCAAAGCCCACCAUGAGUGUACAGAUCAGAAAGUGUACCAAGCUGUGACGGAUGACCUGCCAGCUGCUUUUGUGGAUGGUACCACCAGCGGUGGGGAUGGCGACACCAAGAGCCUGCGUAUCGUGGAGAGGGAGAGUGGCCGCUACGUGGAGAUGCACGCCCACUACAUAGGCACCACAGUGUUCGUGCGCCAGCUAGGUCGCUACCUGACCCUCGCCAUCCGAAUGCCUGAGGACCUGGCCAUGUCCUACGAGGAAAGCCAGGACCUGCAGCUGUGUGUGAACGGCUGCCCCCUGAGUGAACGUAUUGACGACGAGCAGGGCCAGGUGUCUGCCAUCCUGGGCCACAGCCUGCCUCAUAGCCCCUCGGCGCAGGCCUGGCCUGGCUAUACACUGGCCACUGCCAGCACUAGGUGCCAUGAGAAGAUGCCCGUGAAGGACAUCUAUUUCCAGUCCUGCGUCUUUGACCUGCUCACCACUGGUGAUGCUAACUUCACGGCUGCAGCCCGCAGUGCCCUGGAGGACGUGGAGGCGCUGCACCCACGGAGGGAGCGCUGGCACAUCUUCCCGGGCAGUGGCACUGGGGCACUGCGGGGGUGCAGCGCUUGGUCUGUUAGCCUCGGACUCAUGGGCUUGAUCUUUGUGGAGCUUUUUUAGGGCCUGUCUUUUGGUUUUGUUUUUGGUUUUGUUUUGUUUUGCUUUGUUUUUAAAUUUUUUUGUCUAUAACAAAAUUUUAAAAUAUAUAUUGUCAUAAUAUAUUGAGUAAAAGAGUAUAUGUGUAUAUACCAUGUAUAUGAGAGGAUGCCCGUCCUGGGUUACCACCAGAUUGUACAUACUGUGCUUGGCUGUUUUCACGUGCAUUGGGUAUAGUGUUCUUUGAUUGUAUCGAUUUUGUUUGGUCGUUUUGUGAAAUGUUUUAUAAUGUCCCUGCCUGGGGACCUGUUAGAAAGCACUUUAUUUUUUAUAUAUUAAAUAUUUAUGUGUGUACCUGGUUAAUAUGUAUAGUACAUAUACACAGACACCGUAUGCAACGCUCCCUCGAAGGUGACCGGUGGUAGCUGUCCUUGGCUGUCCCACCUGCCCUUUCCGCUGCUGCUGCUUUGCAGUGUGCAGUUUUCCCUGGCCGCAUUCUGGUGGAGCCACCUCCUUUGCUUGGAGCUGUGUCCUCACUGGUCUUCCUGCCUUCACUCGAUCUGAAAGAACAGCUUCUUCCUCCCAGAUUCUCCUAAGCGUUGUUCUGAAUGGGAAGCCCUCUCUCCCAGCUGUCACUUUUUGGGAAGGUGAGGAAUAUCGCUACCCUUUUCCCACCUCUGCUUUCAGUUGUUACAUUUGAACACAUGGUGUGUUAGGUUGGACCUGUGAAAACUGCUUUUAGGUAAAAGGGGUCUAGUGAUGGCAGCUUCAUAGAAAAAUAACAUGCAUCUUACUAGACCUCAGUAGCUCCUAGACUUUUUCUCUCCCCAUGCCCCAGUUUAAGUUGUAAGUUUUCCUCUUAACUCAGUUCAUUAAAACAUGAAACCACAAAUUUAGAAACAAUCACGACUUGUUCUUUGUGUAAUCUGUGGAAGACCAUGUUCGUUCUUGGCUUUCUCUUUCUUGGCUCUGGGGACCCAGGCACACCCCUGUCUCCACCACACUGGGCCACCUCAGCUUCACCUGACGGAUCCGAGGGUGGGGCUCAUUGUGAGUGAUGAAGAGACAG